AUGUUCUCAGGAGGCUUCGAGGUCAUUCGGGUCCCACAAGUGACAGGUAAGCACCGACCGUGGCGGGGCGGGCGGGCGGGCGGGCCUGGGUCAGCGCCUCCGGGCCUGCGGCAGCUUCCUGGCGCACAGGAGCGCGGGCGACGUGGCCGACGUGGCCUCCACGCCCUUCGUGUCCCCGUUGCCGUCCCUCACUGCCGCGCACUGUGUCGCACACUCCUUUGCUGUCUCUCCCUGUCCCGCACUGUCCCUCGCUGCCCUGCAUCCCAUUUCUCGCGGCCCUCGCGGCCCCCAAACCCCGCCGCCUCUCACUGUCCCCUGCUGUCCCUCUUUCCACCCACCGCCUCCUCCGUCCCUUACUGGCCCCCGCCGCCCCCGCCGCCCCCUCGCGGGCUCGCGGCCCAUCUGCCCGCCGGCGGCCGAGGGAAAGCCGGGCCGAAUACGAGGGGAAUUCCGCACGCGAGCACACAGACGGGCUGCCCGCAGGCUUCCGAGAACUCCGCGUCAAAGGGCUGCUGCUCGCGGCCCCGCAGCUGCUCACUGACCCAACACAGGCGGCGGCGGCGGCGGCGGCGCCCCGCACACGUCCCGGCCACACCGGCACCCGCCUCGGGCGGCGGCGGGCUCGGAGCGGCGACCUCGGGUCCCUCGCGGUGGGCGAUAGCCGCCCGAGCUCCGGGGGCCCCGCGCGCCCGCAGAUCCUGCCCGAGAGCUCGCUGA